CACGUCGACGCGUUCUGCGUUCAACAGUACCCAUGGCGCGACCUCGUCUCCUUUUCCUGGCUAGCGUCGCCGCGACGCUCGUCUCCUUCGUCGCCGCUGGCGGCGGAGAGAGCAUGGGCGAGGGCGAUUGCGGCGAAAAGCAAACCUGGAAACUCAAACCGGGUGAGGAGAAGCGUUGCUGCACGUCGUUUCUCAUGAACGAUGUCGACAGAUUCGAAUACAAGGCUACCCCGGUCGUCUCCGGCUCGUGGGGGCCAGGAUCCAUCUCGUUCUGGGUCGAGGAGUACGACCAUUGGCAGGAUUUGACCCAGCCCACGAAGGUGCUUAAGGCGAGAUGCAACCUGAACGGAUCCGCGCAGACAUGCACUGGAGAAGCCUGCGUCACCCCGGGGUCCUCCGGCAAGUGCAAGGCUGACGUCGAUAUUUCCGCAAAAGGCCACGAGGACAUCUGCGUCGUCGCCAAGUGCGAUAUCGGAGUUAAAUGCGAGGAUCACGAGGUGGAGAUCAAGUUCCACCACAACGAAACCGAGGGUGAGGACUGGUACGACGACGACGGCGACAACAACGACUGGUACGGCACCGGUGGGGAGGACUUCGGCGACUUUGAAAGCCUUAUGCAGUGCUUCGCCGUGUGCCCCACCGAGGGAGACUCCACGUUUUACGAGGGCGAUUGCGGCCCGCUCGCCGACAGGAACAAAGAUAGGUGGUGCAGCGUUGAUGGUAAGGCCUUCUGCUGUGCCAAUUCAUCAGACGACUGCUGCGUAGACGACGAAGCUGCCAUCGCCGGCAUCACCAUCGCCGUCGUCCUGGCCAUCUCUGCGUGCUGCGUCGCGUGCUGCUGGUGCGCGAAGUGUUGCUGCUUCCAGUACAGGCGGAACAUCCCCGCACAGGUGAUGUACGUCCAGGGCCCGCCCGGCGUGCAGAUGACGCAGAUGGGCUACCCGCAGGGCACCUACCCGAACCAGGGAUACGCGCCGGGUCAGUCGCAGUUUGGGGCUCCGUCGUACCAGUACACGUCGCAAGCUCCAAUCGCCGCCGCGCCCAGCGAAGGAAACCCGUAUCCCACGGCCACAAUAUACACGGCCACGAUCGAUCCCCCGGGCGCGUCGGCGCCGGUGUACCCGACGGCACAGGCUCAACCGCAGAUUCAGUAUGCAGACGGUUCCCAGUACACGCCGCAGCAGGGCGCGGGUGCGAUGCCAAAGGUGUAGAGGGUUAAAUUAGUUGAGCAGGAGUUGCUCUUGUUUUACGAUGAUUCGUUAUGUUAUUG